AAAGCACCAUGCCCCUCCCGGAUGGUUUGAGCUGUAGGGACAGCUGCUCUUUGGCCUUCAGCUGACCUCAGAAACUAGAAAUACUUAUUUCAGGCUUUGUCCCAUUGGCCACUGUGGGCAGAAGUGGAAAGCACCUGCCAGGUGUUGCCAUAAGAGUGACUCGGCCAACAGGAAACUUUUCUACAAGCUUUGUGGCUUAAGAGUAGCCCCCUCCCAACCUUCCCCUUCCUUGGUGUUCAAACCAUAGCGUGCGUGGAGCGCCCCCUGUGUGCGAAGCCCGGUAACGGGCAAAGGGGGGUGGCGUUAUGCUCUUUCCAGGGCGCCUGCGCAGGCUAUUAACGCCUCACAACCACCCUUCUGCAUUUCUUGUUCCUAUUUUACAAAUGAUGAGACUAACCGACGGAAAGCGCGCUGGACCGUGGGAUAGGACACGUCCCCGUGGGUAACUAGCUCUGGGAUCUUGAGCUAAUCGCUUGCCCAGCGGAAGUUAAUUCUGCGGUUUCUUCCCGUUCGAACACGACCCAGCUCACUGUCACGAGUGUUCAGCUGCCCCUGGAACUGGGUCUCGAAACUUCAAGGCGUGAUUUACGACAGCCUUCGUUUCCACGGGCAGGAAGGGAGAGGUUGGAAGCGAGCGCCCCGCCGCCUCCGCACACAGCAGGACUGCAGGGAAUCGGACUGGCGCUCGAGCUCCGAGCCGAGAUGAACUACGGCGGCCGGGGAGGGUCGCUUCGUUCCUCGCGAAGACUUCCCUUUCCGCCAAUCACUGCCUGAAGCCCGCCCUUCCCGGCGCCGGAAGGAGCCGUUGCCGCGAGCAACCGCAACCUCCGGCUUUCGGAGUUUGGCGGCGGGAAAGACAAUGAGCAAAGGCCGGGCAGAAGCUGCGGCGGGAGCCCCCGGCAUUCUCCUGAGGUACCUGCAGGAGCAGAACCGGCCCUACAGCGCCCAGGACGUGUUCGGGAACCUGCAGCGGGAACACGGACUGGGCAAGGCGGCGGUGGUGAAGGCGCUGGAGCAGCUGGCCCAGCAGGGCAAGAUCAAAGAGAAGACGUACGGCAAGCAGAAGAUCUAUUUUGCGGACCAGGACCAGUUUGACACGGUGAGUGAUGCUGACCUCCAAGUCCUGGAUGCCAAAAUCGUGGCCCUCACUGCUAACGUGCAGAGCUUGCAGCAGAGCUGUCGCCACAUGGAGGCUGAGCUGAAGGAGUUAACUAGUGCCAUGACCACACCGGAGAUGCAGAAAGAGAUCCAGGAGUUAAAGAAGGAAUGUGCUGGCUACACAGAGAGACUGAAGAACAUCAAAGCAGCCACUAACCAUGUGACUCCAGAAGAGAAAGAGCAGGUGUACAGAGAGAGGCAGAAAUACUGUAAGGAGUGGAGGAAGCGGAAGAGGAUGGCCACAGAGCUGUCUGAUGCAAUCCUUGAAGGCUACCCCAAGAGCAAGAAGCAGUUCUUUGAGGAAGUCGGCAUAGAGACAGAUGAAGAUUACAACGUCAAGCUCCCAGACCCCUGAGAGGCCCUCUAGCAGGCCUGGGCGAUGGGAACAGAGAUUCCUGGACCGGCGGCCUUGUUUAGGUCGGGUUUUUUUGUUGCUCCUGCUGCUUUCCACCUCUGACCAGAGCCGUUGGGAGAGGGGCAUAAACCAGAGUGUUGGGUGGAGGGAGUGAGCGCUGGUGGGCCAGAGUAGAUUGUCAUGUUCGUUGCAUUGUCCACAUUUCAGUUGCUUGAGCUUACCACUUAGACUUGGAACAACGCUCAAGGAAAGCAUUUAGCACUAUUUAUUGUAAUAUAAUUCGAUAUAAAAAUAUUUAAUUUCCUCUGGAUAAUCAAACCUCCCAGAUAUCAAACCUGAGGAAGGCAGAAGGGAGCUUGGGGGACAAGGGUAGAGAGAGGCUACUAAACACAGCAUUCAAGGAGCCCCAGGCCUCACCCAGGACUCUCCUGGGCUUGAGACCCCAGGAGGCCUUUAGAAUAUCUUCUCUACCCCUUCACCCCACCCCCAAGUCCUGGGAGAAAUGCAGGCAGCACAGAGGUGUGGACCCGGAUACACCUGACAGAAAGGCUGGGAGUAGUUUUGAGGCCCGGUUAAUUUUCCAAAAUUGUCAAUUUAGCAAAACUGCAUGUUGGUGUUUAAAAAAUAAAAAAUCUUUAAUAUGUA